GACAGUGAGCUCUUCUUUCUGGGGACAGAAUCACACAAGAAGAAGAGGAAGCAUUCCUCCGAUGAGUUCUAUCACGGAGACCUUUCACCUUUGGAACUACCAUCAAAGAAGAAGAAAAAAGCAGUGUCAAGCCCAACUUCUGCUGACACAGCCAUGGACCUCCUCAAGGCUAUCACCACCACGCCUCUUACCACAGGCUCCAAGGCUUCAAAAAAGACCUCAGAAAAGUCAUCUUUCUCUUCCUUUACUGCCUCUGGGUACUCAGAGAGCAAAAAGGAGCACCACAAGAAGAAGCUGAGUGGGAGCAGUGGAGAGACAUCACUGGAUGAUGGGAGCUUCCACAAAUCCAAAAAAAUGAAACCACUCUAUGUAAACACCGAGACACUGACCCUACGUGAGCCUGAUGGCUUGAAGAUGAAACUUAUCCUUUCACCAAAGGAGAAAGGAGGCAGCGCAGCAGAGGAGGAGUCAUUCCCCUACUCUUCAGCACCAGUAGCAACAAAAAAAUCCUCCAAGAAAUCAGCCCGAGAUGAACAAGGAUCAUUCCUUCUGGGGCAUGAGUUUCAGAGCUUGCUGAAGUCAUCCCGGAAGAAGCACAAGCCACCACCAGACCCACAUCCAGCGCCCAUCUCUGAGGGAUUUGGCCCUGACACCUCCUUCUUCUCGGAAGGCCAUGGGAGCGAGUAUGACAUUUCAGGGUUGGAGCCUCCAUUAGAAUCAGGUUCAUCCUCUGGGGGAGAGUUGGAGGCUGGAGAGUUAGUGAUAGAUGACUCUUACCGGGAGAUUAAGAAGAAAAAGAAAUCGAAAAAGAGUAAGAAAAAAAAGGACAAGGAGAAACAUAAAGAGAAGAAGCACUCCAAGUCUAAGAGGAGUUCUGGACUCCCUACCUCGGUGGCAGUAACAGAAGUCACAGUACCGCCGCCGCCGCUACCACCACCCCCUCCACCCAGCACCCCAUAUAUCCUCCCUGCACCGCCACCACCGCCUCCUCUUCCUCCUCCCCCUCCUCCACCUCCUCCUCUACCACCUCCUCCAGUAUUCCAUGUAGAUGGACAAAGUGAGAAGAAGAAGAAAAAAGAAGAGAAGGAGAAAGAGAAGGCAGAGAAAGCAGAAAAGGACAAAGAAAAGCCAAAGAAGAAAAACAUGUCUGCCUACCAGGUGUUCUGUAAGGAGUAUCGUGCAACCAUUGUGUCAGACCAUCCAGGGAUAGAUUUUGGGGAACUGAGCAAAAAGUUGGCAGAAGUCUGGAAGCAGCUACCUGAGAAGGAUAAACUGAGUUGGAAGCAGAAAGCUCAAUAUCUGCAGCACAAGCAAAAUAAAGCAGAGGCCACAACAGUGAAGAGGAAGGCAACCUCGUCAGAGGGUGCCCCAAAAGUGAAAGCUUCUCCGACAGGAGUACUUUCACCCCAUAAGAAGUCGCCCUCCAGUACUGUGGUAUUAUCCUCUUCACCAGCCAAAGUCCCUGAGACGGAGCCCAUUGACGUAGCUGCACAUCUACAAUUGCUGGGUGAAUCUCUGAGCCUUAUUGGACACAGGCUGCAGGAGACAGAGGGGAUGGUGGCUGUUUCAGGAAGUUUGUCAGUGCUUUUAGAUUCUAUUAUCUGUGCUCUGGGCCCUUUAACAUGUUUGACCACACAACUGCCUGAGCUGAAUGGCUGCCCCAAGCAAGUUUUGUCAAACACACUCGACAACAUCGCCUACAUCAUGCCUGGACUUUGACAGAAGAGGACCCUGGGAUGUACACACCUCUGUGUAACUGACCUGUGUACAUACACAUUAUACUGGCACUCUAAGGGCUCCGUGUGUAGGGUUUUAAAGUUUUAUAUUUGUAUAGUAUAUACAUAGGAUUGUAACUAUUUUACUUUUAUUAAUUUUAUGAAAAGUUGUGAAGUAUAAGCUGAGAGAAUCCUUUCCAAUUUGGUGGGAGUGACCUGCUCAAUGCAUUCUCCAAUCUAAAGGCGUUUGUGUGAUUAGACGUCAGAAAGCUUUUGAUAUAUCAGCCUUAAAUUCAAAGAAACCUUUUAUUUGGAAUUGGCCUGGGAACUGACUGUUUAUCCAUGAUGGAUAGACAAGCUAGUUUAUUUUGGACCAAGCAGUAGCACUUGACACAUCACCAGCCCUGUUUCUAACACUUUUUCAGUCUGUGGGAGAAAACAGGAUGCCUGUUGAAAUCCUGAGGUUACCACCUCUGGUCACCUCUCCUCUCCACUCUUCUUUCCCAUCCCCCCAAGCCAGUCACAAGUGACUGAAAGUUUUUCUUGUCAAUUGGCUGGUAGCUUGCAUUAAAGUAGUCCUGGAGAUGGCAAGGAAUCUAGACUCUUCCAGUGGGCAUGCAUCUACAUUGCCAUUAGCUCAAGAUUGCAUCCUCAGCAGAGGGCCAAAGAUUGAAUUUGGGAUUAUGGAAGACUGAACGUCCCUUGAAUUCCUCCAGAGCAGGGCUAGCCCACUCUGGCAAGGAAGAAGCAGUUAGAGGAGGAAAAAGCUUGCACUGCCCCUGCCCGUGUACUGGUUUUAUGAGUAGAAGACUUUUAGUUUCUAAGAUUGCUGAUCCCAUCCCUUUCACCAGCAGUAUUAUGAAGAGGCAUGGAAUCCUCUUGGUGCUGCUGUAUUCUCCAGAGGAAGUAAUUAAUGCUAAAGAUUGAAGGAGUUAUUGCUGUGUGGCACAGAUGGGUUCAUUGGACAGAUCCCUGCUCCCCACAGCCACAUGUUGGCAUUCCAAGCUCCUGGUCCUCCAAUGUGAGUUGCAGGAAAGCACUUGAUUCUCACAUAGGCUUGUGUGUAUGUGUGCGUGGUGUCCAUAUUGUGUAUUUAACUUUUACCAAUAUCUAUAAUAGAUUUUAAUUUAUCCUGUAUAUUUCUGUGUAUAUAGAUAUAAUUUAAAAACAAAAGUCCUUCCCUCCACCAAGUGUGUGGGAAAAUAUGAAUCAGCUGUGCCCAUCCCUAGUUCCUGCAGGAAUAAGCUGCACCUGUUGUGGCAAAGCUAGGCUCUGCAAGGGGGAAUAGCAGCCAACAAAACUUUGAGCCCUUGUGGCCAACAGGGUGUCCAGUGAUGUUGGGUGGAAGCUGAAAUGGGAAGCCUUUUAUUUUGGCUUUGGCCUCUCCCUCCAUUAUAACAUUACAGAUUUUAAAGUAGCAGAAUCAGAGCACUUCUGUGCUGUUACAAAUUGUGCUUUCUUCUCUCUUUUCCAGGGCAGCUGAAAAUGAGCUGUUCCUCAUUAUUGCUGAGACCUAAAUCUAUUGCAUUUUAAAGCCAAUCUUCAGGUGCCUGGAAGGGGCUUCCUGCCAGUUUCCCUCCCAGCUACUGUCUCUUGCAGGGCUUCCCCUUUUCCCAGUUCAGUGUUGUUUUUAUUUGUCUAUCAGAAGGGCUGGUUUGGUGGAUGGAACAGAGGACUCUCUCAGAACCUCGGUAUAAGGCAGAAAUCUCUCACCCAGAUAUGGCUAAUUUGAAGCAGAAUUUGAGGGAGCUUGGAGAUAUGGGAAAGUCUGUCUGGCUUCUGGAUCUGGACAUUUACCAUGGUUCUUGCAAGUGGCAUAAAAUGCUUGGCUCCAUUUCCAGCUCUCCACAAGAGAUGGAGUAUUGUAUCGAAGGAAAAGAUUUGCAGAUCUCUAUCUAAGGAACAAAAGGGGAUCAGCUUUAGCUUUACCAUCUGUAUAACAGUAAACUCUUGAAGAGUUUAGAAACACACACACAACCCUAAUGUAUUGUAUUUUUAUUUAAAAUUUGUACACAUUUGUAUAAUCUGUAUCUUGUGGUAUUUGGUACUAGAGGGAAAAACUUUGGACUGAGAACUAGCAGUUUUAUAUUUUUGUUAUUUUCCUGCCAUUUGAUCCAGAUUGCAUUACAAUUGUAUAAAGAAACUUUUUGUACUGUACUUACAAUAUAAUUUUUU